AUUAUAUACAUAUCUCCAGUUGAUGCUGAAUGAAAAUGUAUAAUGUCCAAUUUGAGUGUUUGCACUGAAUCCUUAUCUGAUAUGAAAAAAGGGAGACAGGAAAUAACCCAGACAAGGGAUAUUUCUGUAGCCUCGCGCUCGCACAUUGCUCAACAUGAUUAUAUACGAUAUACGAUUACAGGACACGCACGCGCACACGCAACAAUCCCCCCUCAGUUCAUAGAGAGGCGCGUCUGCACACAAGCUCACAUAAUUGUUUAGCUGCGUUUAUUCACGGGUCCCAUCCUGAAUUCAGGCUGAAUGGAUGUUCCCAACAUCGCCAGUCAUUUCAGUUUGUGAAUUGUGGGCUCAUUUUCCGUUGCAUUUGAUCUUCCGCCGCUGUUAUCUUGGUCCUGCGCUCUCUUGCCGUGCGGCUGCGGCUGGAUGAGCGUCGGUCCACACCCUGCAGUGUAACGAUGAGCGGCCGCCUGCUUCAGCGUCUCCUCACAUUGAAGACGACGCGCAAGAUCGCCGCGGCACAGAUCCGUUGAGCGGGACAACCUCCGUGCAGUGAACGGGAUACGUCGCGGGUCUCUGCAGAGUGAUGGGGCAGACACUCGCUCCUCUCUCUAAGUCUCUACGUGGUUUCUGGAGAUGCAGGUUCCCACUGAGGACCAUCUUUCACUGACUGGAUAGAGGCAGAGUUUUCAGGAUGCGCUCCAUGAGGAGGGCCGUGUUGCUCGCCAUCCUGGCCUCGGUGGUGCUCGUACUGGCGCUCCUCCAUUCGUGGCCCACUCGGGCCUAUACCACAGUGGAUGCGUGGCAGCGGCCAGGGCAGAUGCUGGAGCGGCACCUGGAGGAAAGGCUCCCAGAGCCAGAUCCCAGAUUGGGCAGCAUCCCCUUCCACGUGAGGGAUAAUGUAGCAAGCUUGUUGGCACGUAACGGCUGCAUGUGUGAGGGCGAGGCCGGAGGAGUUAAUCUGCCUUUCGCCCAGCUCUUAUUCCCGCGCGUGUCCGCUCACCCGCUGCACACCGCCUUCGAGGCCCCCGAGCUGGAGGAGAUGAAACGGAGACGGGCCAAAGAGUACGAGAGCUUCCAGAGGAGGUCGCAGACGGCAGCAGAUGUUGUCCUCAUAGCAGAGGCCAACAAUCCCUUACAGUAUCCAACACAGGGCGUGGAGGUGCGGCCCAUGAAGACAAUCCUCAUCCCAGGUUUGGCUUUGCAGAUCCUUCCCAGAGACCACUACUCAAUUAACAUCACUGCCACGCUGGGAACGCUGAACGUGGCAGCAGACGUGGACGGGGUGAAGGUCGGGGGCGGCGGCGAGAUGCACAUGAGUCUGCGGAGCAGCGUCCUGCAGAACCUGAACCGGCAGCUGCAGUUCGUCACCUACACAAACACGCAGUUUCACCCCAGCACUGCAGAUACAGUGCAUCUAGAGACAGAGGGGCAUCAGGCCGUCUUCAGCAUCAGGAUCCGUCACGGGGUGACGCCCAGACUCUACAACACCGGAUCCCAAGGAGCCGACUACAACGUCAGUGCCCUUGUUACCAUAGCAACGAAGACCUUCCUCCGUUAUGACAAACUUCGCGAUCUGAUCGACAGCGUCAGACGAUACUAUCCCACCAUCACCAUAGUGAUCGCCGACGACAGCGAGAACCCCAGAACGGUCUCUGGGCCGUACAUCGAGCACUACAUCAUGCCUUUUGGAAAGGGCUGGUUCGCGGGCCGGAACCUGGCCGUCUCCCAGGUGACCACGAAGUACCUCCUGUGGGUGGACGAUGACUUCAUCUUCACGGCCAACACGAAGCUGGAGAAGCUCGUGGACGUUUUAGAGCGGACGACCCUGGAUCUGGUGGGCGGUGCGGUGCGGGAGGCGACCGGGUACACGUCCACCUACAGACAGACCAUCUCCAUCGAGGCCGGAGGCGAGGACGGCGACUGUUUGCACAUGAGGCGAGGGUACCACCACGUCAUCGAGGGCUUCCCCAACUGCGUGGUCACGGACGGGGUCAUUAACUUCUUCCUGGCUCGCACCCAAAAGGUCCAGCAGGUGGGCUUCGACCCGCGCCUCGCCCGAGUGGCCCACCUGGAGUUCUUCAUCGACGGACUGGGAUCUCUGCACGUGGGCUCCUGCGACGACGUCAUCGUCAGCCACGCCACCAAGAUCAAGCUGCCCUGGGUCGGCCGGUCGGAGAGCGACAAGACCUACGCCAGGUUCCGCUACCCCGCCGCCUCCUCGGACGCCGCGCACACGAAAAACGGCCUGCUGUUCUUCAAGAACCGCUUUCAGUGCUUGACUCAUAACUAGGUCUGCCGCGCUCCGUCUGAGCCAAAGAAGUUCUGGCCCACAGCUUCCAGACAAACACUUUGUGUUCUGAAAAGAGAGAAGUGCCACGGCGGCAGUUUUAGCGCGUGUGCUGCUGGAGCGCGGCUCUGUUGGCAUUGAACAAACCUUUAUUCUCAGUAAAUAUCCACAAUUUUGUUGAGGUCGCAAAGGGAUGAAUUUUUAGUGUUUGUCAAAUCCUAUGAGGCCGUACGUCUUCAGAGACCAGGCUUUCUGGAAACAGGUAGCAUCAGAGUCAUUCACUGUCACCGUCCCCCAAUGUGAUUUGAGGUUUGUGUGUCCUCCUUCACUUUGCACUAUGAAAAGCAGUCCUGGAUGUAGGAGCAGUAGAGACGUCUGCAGGCCUGAGAACGAGGACUCGACCUCAGCCAGGACGGACUGAACAUCCUGUAGAUCCAAAGUCGAGUUCUUGUUUUAUGAGUGGAACGAAGAACAGGACACAGAACACAGGACUUCCCACAUGUGGGGCGUUUUUACUGUAUGCUGUGAUGCAGAUAUGCGAUGUUGCUAAAGGUUUUGCUGCUGACUCCUUGUUUUUGUCUCAGUCUGCUGACUCAGCAGUUUUUGAUUUAAACCUCUUCUGUCAGUCACCUCCCAGUUCCUUUAGGACUCAUCCAAAGAGGAAGUCUGUUUCUGUUUGUGCACGCUGACAAAGGAACGUCGUCAGUUUUUCCAUUUCAGCUAAUUUGAGUGGGACGAACCAAAGUGCAUAUUGACUUUCUGUCAUUGUGAACACAACAUUGUGCAGUUGUGUCUAAGUAAACAUUUGCCUCACGUUGGAUUUGUAACUGUCAACAGAUCUCUAGUUGAGUUUUUACCAGUGACAUUUAUUGUGAUAACAAAGAAAUUGAAAUUGCCUCCUUCACCUCAGAAUUAGUGAAGUUGUUAAAUCCGUCUGAUUCAUGUAUAAGCGUUUUUAUUCAUUUAAAUUAUGGACAUAAUUAAAAUGUCAGUGGAAAAAAGGGCAUUUUGAAUUUAUGUGAGACCAACAACAGCCUGUUAAUCAAAUGUGAGAUUUUAUAAAGAGAAUGUGACCAUCAUA